UAUAUAAUAUGAGCUUGUCAUAUAUAUCCCAUCACGAUAUCUUCUAUACUUGAUUCUGUCCUCACAAACUACGCUUGAGCAAAACACCUCUCUUCUACCUCAGGCUACUUUCAAAUGAAGAAAGCUUCAGAGCUGAUCUUCAUCCCAAUCCCAGGGAUUGGCCACAUCGUCUCAACAGUUGAGAUUGCAAAGCUCCUCCUCUCUCGAGAUGACAACCUCUUCAUUACAAUCCUCAUCAUGAAGUUCCCCUUCACCGCAGACGGCAGCGACGCCUACAUCAAGUCCUUGGCAGACCCGUCGUCGAAGACGCAGCGCAUCAGUUUCGCCAACCUCCCACAAGAACAAUUCCAAGGAACCGGGGCCACCGGCUUCUUCACUUUCAUCGACAGCCACAAGUCCCACGUCAAAGAUGCCGUCACUAAACUCACCGACUCCGGAUCCGAGACUCGAAUUGCCGGGUUUGUCAUCGACAUGUUCUGCACGGGAAUGAUUGACGUGGCCAACGAAUUUGGGCUUCCUAGCUACGUUUUCUACACCUCUGGAGCGGCGGAUCUCGGGCUCAUGUUCCACCUCCAAGCCAUACGUGAUGAAGAGAACAAGGACUGCACCGAGUUCAAGAACUCGGAUGCCGAGUUGGUCGUCCCGAGUUUUGUAAACCCCUUGCCGGCUGCUAGAGUCUUGCCUGGUGUGGUUUUCGACAAGGAGGCGUGCAACUUCUUCCUCAACUUUGCCAAAAGGUAUAGAGAGACCAAGGGUCUUUUGGUUAACACGUUCCUGGAGCUGGAAUCUCACGCUCUUCAGUCUCUCAGUUCGGACGGUAAGAUCCCUCCGGUGUACCCGGUGGGACCCAUAUUGAACGUCAAGAGCAAUGAUAACCAAGUGAGUUCGGAGAAGUCGAAGCAGAAGUCGGAUAUCUUGAAGUGGCUUGAUGACCAGCCUCCGUUGUCUGUAGUGUUCUUGUGCUUCGGGAGCAUGGGUUGCUUUGGCGAGGACCAAGUAAAAGAGAUCGCACACGGACUCGAGAAAGCUGGGUUUCGGUUCUUGUGGUCUCUACGCCAGCCCCCGACCGGCCCGACGAGCAAGAUUGGUUUUCCAAGUGAUUACGCGGAUUACAGUACCAUCUUGCCAGAAGGGUUUCUCGAUCGGACGGCUGAGAUUGGGAAAGUCAUAGGGUGGGCCCCACAGGUGGCUAUCUUGGCUCAUCCGGCGGUCGGAGGAUUUGUGUCUCAUUGCGGGUGGAACUCUACGCUGGAAAGUAUCUGGUAUGGUGUGCCGAUUGCCACGUGGCCGUUUUAUGCCGAGCAACAAGUGAAUGCCUUUGAGCUGGUGAAGGAAUUGAAAUUGGCUGUUGAGAUCGACAUAGGUUAUAGGAAGGACAGUGGGGUGAUUGUGAGUAGGCAAGACAUAGAGAAAGGGAUAAAGCAGGUAAUGGAGCAAGAUAGUGAAAUAAGGACGAGGGUGAAAGAAAUGAGUCAAAUGAGCCAGAAAGCUUUGGCGGAUGAUGGGUCCUCAUUCUCAUCACUAGGGCGUUUUAUUGAUCAAAUUCAAAGCUCGUGAACCUAGUCUAAGAUGGGUGUAAACAAAUUCAUUUCCUUAAUAUAUGGUCUUCUUUGUAUUUAA